GGUGUGUCUGCUCUCUGUAACAUGAGAGCCACAUGACCAAUAGGAAGGCAAACAGUCUGGAAGUUAGAGUUCUUCCGCAAACUUUAUGAGUGUUUGCUGCGUAGUAAGAAGCACAAGGCCUACAGUCUACAGUCCAACAACACUGGAACAGAGCUACGUCAGCAAAGAUGGCAAAUCCACUACAGAAGCUUGUGUCUGAGAAAAAGGACAUGGUGGAGACAGUGAUGGAAGUGUUUGAGCAAGGAGCUGAAGUGGUGGCCAGCAUCGCCGGUGACCUCUUCCCCGUCUUCUCCAUCGCAGCCCCGAUUGUCAAGCUGGCUCUGGACAACGUGGAGAGCAAAGAGGCCGCAUUCAUGAAGGAGCAGUUUCAGAAGGUCAGAGAUCGGCUGGAUGUAGUGUCUGAGGAGCUUCAGCGGAUCAACGAGGAGAUCAAGAAGAGCGGAGUGGAUUCUACGUACUUCCCCGUUGAGGAAAACAUUACUAAUCAGUUCAGGAAGUACAUGGACAUCCUCAACGCCAAACCUAAGUUCCGGGAAGUGAAGAAGAAGCUCUUCCUGGAGCAUUUCGCCAAGACCGGAGGCGACAAAAAUAUUAACACCCUAUACAACGUUGUGAUGGGAGAAAGUUUCUCUGGGGAACCUUUGCUCGUGAUCAUCCUUAACUAUGAGGAGAAAAAUCGCCGGGUGAUGGAAGACUUUUGCGCCCGUCUGAAGAAGCUCUUCUGCAUUGCGCUCAUUGCACUGCUGGGCCACGCUGCUCUGAAAGGAUAUGACGAGGAGGACGAUCUUCUGAAAGAGUGGGGUGAGAAGAUGAAGGCUGUCCAGGGUAAAAUGAACGCUGUCAUUGAAGACUGCAUCGUCAGCUUCCCUAAACAAGCUGAAGAAGACUCCCGACGACUGGUGAGAGAUCAGCAAGAUUUAACCAACCAACAGCUAGCUGAUGCUAUGGUAGAGAAGCUAAAGAAGAAGUAUGACUGGGUGGGCUGGUCUGUGCGUAUAUUUAAAUCUCCUUCAGGCCUGUUUGUCAACAAGAGGGAUUUCCAAUGCGCAACGGGAAAGAACCGCUUCCAAGUGCCUUCAUCGGAUGAGAAACUGAACGUAUGGGUGUCCUACAGCUCCUCGCCUGAGCCUGUGGACAAGAGCCACAUCCAACAGCUGAUCCAGUCUCAGAAGAAACUCACAGUGGUUGGGGUCGCUGAGUUCCUGUUCGAGAAGUUACCCGGCGACUGUGUGGUUCACACAAUCAAAUCCACCAAAGACCUGGCCUGCUCGUGGAGCUUCGAAGAUGAACUUCACUACUGGGAGGAGCACAAAAACUUCUACGUCUGUGUUCACUCAGCUUGAUGUUUUAGACACUGAACAAAACUCCAAAAGUCGCUCAUUCUGUGUUUGUGUUUGUUUGUGUACCACAUCAUCAUUUCUGCACAGAUAAUUGGUGCACCUUCAUCUUUAACCUUCAUCUUGGUUGCUCCUCUGGGCAGUUAUUUUGAAGCCCUUAUCUAAAUGAAUGGGUACAAAGCCAGAUUAUUUACUUCAGUGGUCAUUAGAAGAUAAAAAGACGUUUCUUUCAAAAGAACGAUUAAAGUGAUUUGUUCUCAGCAGUUAUGCUUCUACUAAUGAAAAGUUUGAUAAUGUUACAACUCAUUUAAUUGCUCAGUCUGGAGUGACGACACAAUCAGUCGCUGUUCAUCUCACCAGCACACGGAACAGACAUUUUGCAUAUAUAAAAGGAGAAGACAUGUUUAAACAGUUACAGUGGUCAUGAAUAUGGCUAAUAUGUUUCCCAGGUGUUGAUUAGGGUCAAAACAUCUGCAGUCUUUGCCAUUAAGGAAUUUCAUAGACUUUCAUAGAUUUGUAUUCACGAUUCUUGUAGUACCAGUGUCUGAUAUUAUACAGUAUAUGCCUUCCCAAACUGCACUUCCACAAUCAUUUUUUUAUGCUGAAAUGUUCUUUUUUCUGACAUUUAUCCACAAGAAGUUCACAUAAACUAGACUGGAGAAAAGGCACAAAGAAUUGUGAAAACAAAAAUACAGAGAAAUGAAACAGCAAACAUGGUGGUUGAUCCACGGCUGAAAUGUAGUGGAGCGUGAUGUUCCACAGUUCAGGUUCAUGAUUGUGCUUAAAUUGUGUUGUGGGAGGCAUAUUUUUUUGUUAUCUAGUAAAGCUAUAGGUAAGUGUGCCAUUUUCCUUUUUUUCCUGCUAACUCCAAGCAUAACGAUAAUAAGUGUGGUAUAUGUGUCACC